GAGAGAGAGACGAAAAUAGAGGGAGAGAGAGAGUGUGUGUGUGAGGGGGAGAGAGAGAGAGAGAGAGAGAGAGAGGGAGGAAAAUAAGAGCCAUCAGUCCCAUCUAUCUGACUCUCAUACUACUGGAUAUUAUUAUUUUUUGGGGGGAUAUCUUUAUUUCUGUCAUCCUGUUUUUUGUUGGUUUUCAGUCACAACUUUGAUUUGCUCAUUUUUUUCCACAUUGGAGACUUCUUGCGCCGUCUACUCUUUCUAAUCCUCUUUCUCCACUCAUUGCUCUGGACUAGACAGAUCUUGCGUUUCAAUCUGCUUUAUUGUUUCACCUCCUUUCAGGACUAAAUUUCUCCAAACUGACGGACCAGACCCGGCCGUGUGCCACCGUUUUACCUCCACAGCUGCGCCUCCAGGAUUGAAUUUUGCUCCCUGAGCGCGUUUAUCUGACGGAACUGAGAGUGUUUAAGGAGACAUAAAGAGGUGACAUCAACUCCUGAGGGCUGAGAGGAUGAAUUGAUCUGUCAACAUGGUGCCAUUUUGGAGAUAAAUCCCCCUUUUUCGUUUUUAUUUACACAUUUCACUUCAUGGGACGGACGGAGAAGAGGGACAUCAGGUGGAGAUCUUGAGCGCAAACAAACGUCACCUGCCCGCGCACCUUUUGACGGCGCGCCUCUCCAUUAGCAUCACUAAUUGGAUUAUUUUGAUCUUGAACUCAUCAGUCUGCAGGCUGCUUUCCUCCACCUCCUCCUCCCCCUAACCUCCCCCCUUCUCCUCCUCUAGAAGUAAUGUCAAGGCCUCUAACUCAGCUUCUACCACCGGAUCUCCCUGCCGGGGCAAAAAGCCCACAAUUCGGGGCCAGCAACUCGGCUGGAAGCGGUCCCCAAGGUGGACACCUGACCUCCAUGACCAACCUGAAGUCUCUGCUCCAGCUGCCAAUCAAGGCCGACCAGAGAGUAACCAAGGACUGCUGCGAGAUGAAAGGUGAGUGUGUGCACGUGUGCCUGUGUGUGUGCAUGUGUGUGUGGAGCAGAGUGAGAGAGAGAGGAACCCUAUAGGCGAGAAACUUCUUAAAGGUGCAGUACACCUCUGCCGAGAGCUCUGCAGGAAUCUGGUGAAGAAAUGCUCAGAUGUUGUUCAACAAUUCACGUUAAAUUCACACUGUUCAACAUAACUAUGAUAGGAGGCUGAAGAGAGGAGAUUAUAUGAGGACUUUAUUGCAGUGCAUCUGUAUUAUUUGCUAUUAAUUACAGGAAGUAUACGGCAGACUUGAACAAUUGUGAAAUCAACCACAUUCAGGAACUGAAACCUGCAAUAGAAAGCAGAUUUUGGGAAGUCUGUUGAUGUUUAUGGUCCUAAUUAGUGUUUACAUUACACUGGCUGCACCAUCCACAUUGUAUUUGUUCCUUUGUUUUCAUUUAGGGUGGUGUAAUAGACCUUUUAAACCUCUGCAGAAGUGGCCUACGGAACAUUUGUUGGAUAUUUAUAUAAUUUCUUCUAUCAAAAUGCAGAAAAAUUAGCUCGAAACAUACGUGGUUUUUAUUAUUAAACAUGAUAUUAAAGCUCCUGUGAGAAGAUAUUAGCUGGUUACAAAUGGACGAACAUGGAGAUUUCUGCUCAUUUAUUUGCAGCAAAAUCAAAUGCAGGCAUUAUCCACAGUAUAUAUGAUUUUUUUGUUUUGUUGUUUUAAUGUCUGAAACUGCUGUAAGGGGGUAGGUGACCGAUGAAAGGAUGCAUUAAACCCCAACUAAACAGACUUUGUUUACACUUUCUGCAGCAAAUUCUCUCCAGACCUGGAAUAUUUAACUAUUAAAAGACAUAUUAGUCCUGUACAAAAUUCCUCACAGGAGCUUUAAAUGAAUAUAUUUGGAUACAGGGGCAGCUUUUAUGAUCAUUUUAUGCCCUUUAAUUUAAGAAAAUAAACAGUAGUGUGAGAGAAAAUCAUAAAAUUCAAUUUUUGGUGCUCUAAUGUGAAAAACAAACGUCCCCACAGACUCAGUAUCAUGGGAAUAUUGCAGUGAGUAUUCACUGAUGUGUGUGUGUGCAUGUGACUGAGUGGGUAGGUGUGAUUGUUAAAGACAGAGGCCCUGCUUAUCCAACACACACUCUCACACUCAUACACUGCUUUCACUUCGGCUCCUUCUGGCGUUCUUCCUCAAAAUUAUUCUAUUAAACUUUUACAUUUGGUGGUGAAGGGAGGAGGGGGAGGGGUGAUGAAGUUAUCUGGUUGUCUUGUGUGUUUAAAUAAAGGUUAGUGAGUGGGUUUCGAUUGUUUCCCAUCCACCAGCUGCCAUGACAAACACCAACCAGGCUGCCUCUUCUUCCUCUCCUUCCUCUCUCUCUCUCUCUUCUUGUGUCUCUCUGUGUGGAUGUCAUGACUCCUAAUCAGCUGCUGUCACACACACACAUCGCUUUUGUCACGCUGAUUAGGACACUGACACUCAAAUUUGAACCCAAACCCAAAGAUAUAAAGCAGUUUUGUCAUUAUGGUUUAAAAAAAUAUGCUCAAAAUGGCAGCAGUGUAGUGAUGUCCCCGUAAAAGCAAACGCCUGUCAAGUGCAAGUCCCCACAAGUGUCUAUAAAACAGGUUAAUUGUGUAAAAUAGGGAAACAAUGCCUUUUAGAGAGCAAUAUUAUCAACAAUGAGUCCUCACAAGUGUAGAUAAAACUGAUCACAUGUACAAAAAAAUGUCCUAAAAUGGCAGCAGUGUAGUGAUGUCCCCGUAAAAGCGAACGCCUGUCAAGUGCGAGUCCCCACAAGUGUAUAUAAAACAGAAUACAUUUGUAAAAUAGGGAGAACAGUGGCUUUUUAAGAGCAACACUGUCAAGAAUGAGUCCUCACAAGUGUAGAUAAAACUGAUCACAUGUGCAGAAAGAGGGGGGGAGAACACAGCCAAAGUGUUCUUGCAGUUUGCUGACCCCUGGUGUCUUCUUAGUGUAACUGCAGCUGCCUUCCCUGCUAUUUUUUUUCCUGUUUCUUUGCAUGAGAGGGAAAAGAUGAUGGUCAGCACUGAUGACAGGCUCUCCAUGGAGGGAGGAAGGAAUCGGCUCAGAGGCCCGGCUGUAGCAUGUUUUCAUAGAUAUAGGUGAUGCAUUCAGGGGUCGAAACAGAAAGAAAGAAAGGUGCCGUGUGUAAUAUUUUUUUUGGCUUCCUCCCCUUCCACAACGCUCAGUCGAUGUUUCACUCCUCCUGCUUUUUUUUCUCCCCUGGCUAGCUUUGUUUGACGCCUUCACAAACACCCACUCCUCCAUCUAGCACCAUCGCUCUCUUCCUCGUUAUUCUCUCUGGCUGUCGUUCUCUCUCUCUCUCUCUCUCCCUCACACGUCCCUGAGUUUUUCCUCUCACUCGCUCCUGUCUUGCUGUCUUCCCUCGGUCCCUCUGCUGAUUUGCAUUUUUCUCAGGCUUUGUUACAGUAUGCACUCUCAUCUUUCUGGCUCUUCUCCUCCCGUCCAGAUUCCCGUCUUUUCCCUUCCUCUUCUUCUUCUGCUCUUAACAAAGGGAUAUCCCCAUUUAUUUUUAAAGUCUUCAGAGCCUGCACGUUGGGAUUUGUACCCAAUAUCCAGAAAAAAACACUGGUCUGCAGUCGUAAGCAUGCACAUUAGACAUUAGGGACCAUUUCAUACCACGAACUGCACACAGAACUGGUUAAGAUGUCUCUACCUCCUCCUCUUGUACAAAAUGGAAGUUAAAAUUACCCCUGUUACAGGCUGGUGUCGCUGCAGAAAUGAUGUCCCGCCCCUUCCACUUUACAAAACACACAGUUAGCUCACAGAUGAACCGUCAAACAUCAGUCAGUUUGGCUCAGUCGGCUGCAGCAGAUUUGCUUCUCAGAUCGGCUUAAAACUCAUUCCUUGGAAAAUUUUGGAAAAUUCAGUAGCUCUAUUGUUGUUGUUUUUCUUGAAGUUCAUCCUUUACUUUCCUAAUCUGGUACACAAAGAGCUGCAGGAGCCAUAUUGACCUAGAGAGCCAUCAGUCAUGGUGUUAUGCUGUAUUCGAGUUACUUCGGAAGUCAGAAUUUCGAGCUGGGAAGGACAUCACACCUGAGUUACCAGAGUUUCAGUUACCAAGUUGGAAGAAAGCAAAAUCGAGAGGCGGAAAUAAAAUGGCUACAUCUUGGAAACUCGAACGCAGCCAUAAACCCGGUUUUUCAAAAUAAACAAAACAUAGCAAGUUGGCAUGAUUAGGAUUACCGUAAUGACAGAAACCAUGUUUGAGAAAAAAAGAGUUGGCGUUUAUUUUGAUUUUGAAGUUUGAUCCAUGUCCCAUCUGUUUGCAUGGAGGAUUCAGGAUUUAUGGCGUGUACUACAACCAGCCAGUAGAGGGCACUCCUGAUGUUUUGGCUGCACUUUUAAGGAGCUAUCACAUUGUCAAUGUUUGUUAAUUCUCUAUGGAAUUGACAAGAUAAACCCAUUAAUUAAGAGGGUGGGGCACUUGAAGAGUCAUUUAAAGGUACAGUGUGUAGUAGUGAGCGACUUGGUAGCAGCUCGAGCUUGCCGCCGUCGCCUCUGUACAAGUGGCGCCAAUUCCACCAAGUGAGCCUCACCAGCGCCAUACUUUUUUGGCUCUUUGACAGGAAGAAUUAUGUUGUGGAUCUGGAGUACAAACAUCGUGUUUGCAGGGUAGUUUGGGGACCAGCAGCCAUAAUGUAAACACUAAGAGAGAUUACAUUGUCUUGAUUUGGACGAAAUAUUACCACGACUUUAAAGGUGUGAAAUCCUUAUGAGAUUAUGUUUAAUCAGUCAGUUCAGUCACACGAGGAAGAUGAGGAUGAUGCUAAGAGAAAGUGAGCGGCAUCAGUAUGAAGGCUCUGACUCUCUGCUUCCUCCCUCCCUCUCUUUCUGUUUUUCUCUCAUCCUUUUUAAUCUAAAUUUCCGGCCUCCCCUCGGCCUCUUUUGCUUGUUCCCUCUGUUAUUACUCCCUCUUGUUGUGUCAGCCCGGUCUAGUCAAAUAUUCUCUUUUAUUCCUGUUUAAUUGAGUUACAUUACUCUCUGCGUCAUUGUUCAAUAUGCACUUUUGGAAACACAACUCUGUAGACCAACAUCAUAAAAGGAUCAGGGCACUGAAUGAUCACUAUUUUCCAUCCAGCGCCUCUAUUUCAUUUGUUUCCUGGAUUACUUUUCAUUUAUUUUUUCCUGCUGAUGGUUUAUUGAUGCCUGGAGUCUGUAUCUAUCUUUCCAUCAGACCCGCUCCCUCCCCCUCCUGAGGGGUCAGAGUGCAAGGUCAAACAUGUCAACUUUAUUUUUAGAUGCCUUUCAAUGAUUGCAACUAAGUGCUGCACAGAACAGAAGCGCUAGACAGGAGCACAAACCUUUGCUGGUGUUUAUCAAACAACGAAGCAGCCCCUGGAGCUGUUUGUUGAUUGUUGACGGUCUUUUGAAAUCAUUUUUAGACAAAGUGGAAAAAAACUGAUGCUAAAAGAGAGGUUUCAUCAGCUUGAUAUCUGCAGGAAUCUCUGACUACUUCUGAUUAAGCUCUGAAACAAUCUUUUCAUUAGAUAUCAGCCCUAAGCCUCGGAUUAUGUAACCAAAUGUCCAUUCUGUGCCUUGCCCAAGGGCUUAAGUAUAUAAAAGUCUCCUGACGCUAAUAAGGGAGUGACUUGUUCUGUUCCUAUUCCCCAGUCAUUAAACAUGACUUAUCACCACAGCCUUUCACAUGUUGAACAGUAGCACAUGGUAACCUUUGGUGUGGGCAUGAUUAAGCAGCAAUUUUUAAGUGCAGUUCCUUGAGUGUCCACUUGAGGCUGACUCCAACAGCCCGGGGAUCCCGAUUAGAGUCCAUGUUAAAAUGCCGGUCUUUACAGUCCAAAUAAAAACAUUUACAGCCUGGUGUAAAAUUGGUUUUGGUCUAAGCAGAUCACUUCUUUGUUGGCUCACACUGUGUAGAGGAUGAUCUCAUCUGUUUUGGAGAUGUCAAGGUGAAGAGUCAAGCAUAGGUUUGCACAAGUAGGGGCUUGGCUGAGUUGAUGGGGGUAGGUGCAAUGUCAUUGCACAAGAGGUUUAAAUUGCACAAAUUCUCGCUCCCUUAGUAGCCACGUUUAUGUGCAAAAUUUCUUGAUCCAAUUAAAGAUUUGAGGGAUCGGAUAAUCUGAAUCUGUUGUUUAUAUGGGUGCAAAAUCAAAUAACCCGAUCAUGACAUGCGUAUACAUGCUCCGAGCUUUAUUCAGGUUAGAGGCAUUUGGACAUGCGCAGAGUUGUCUGAUUUCGCUAAAACAACCACAGAAGAAGAGUCGUCUGUGCUGUCAACAAAUCAACAAACGCGGUAGUGGCUCACUCCAUCCAAUUCAGGAGUUUUUCCUCUGUUAAAUGUUGUCACUAGGUGGCGCCCUUGCUUACUUUCUUUACUGUUAUGUCAAAGAUUGCACUGUGUGUGCAAAUGUGACAUCAUUACGCUGUAUGUACGCCUUGUUAUGUUAGCGACACGGCACCUGUGGUUGUGUUUUAUGCCAGAAUGUUCAUAAUAAAACCUCCUGUACUGACCUCAAUAAAUAAGCCAAAGGCUAAAGAGUUAAGACCGAGUCAGGUAAGAUAGUCAUGAUCAGAAUAAGUGUUUACAUGGACACGUUUCCGAAUAGCGAUCGGCAUAAACCAACCGUCUUGAUUGGAAUACAAUUUUCUUUCAAUUGGGCCGAAUUGGAUCAGAAUCUUUCGAUCGAGAUGUUUACAUGACGCAUUUAUAUUCCGAUCAGGCAUUUAUUCCGAUUAUUUGUGCCCAUGUAAAUGCGGCUUGUGACCUGAUCUUGGGGAAGCAGAGGAAAAUGGAUGCAUAGGUGUCAUCUGUCCAUCCACUUAGCCAGCCAGUCCCCUUAUCCCAAUCAGGGUCCCAGCUAUUUGAGAGUCAAUCAGAGAUAACACAUACAAACAAACACCAGACACACUCUCACCAAAGGGCCAUAAAGAGUCAGCAGUUAACCUGGUUAACAUGUCUUAGGACCGUGGGUGGAAGCUGGAGUACCCAGUGGCAAACCAUGUGGACUCCACACAGACAAGCCCCAGUCCAGUCAGAGAGGAUGUGAGGAUCCAUGGGUCCAUUGUCAUGACAUCAAUGCUUUCCUUUGUGUUGACAUAUGUAAGGAUGUAAGGGAUGCACAUUAUGCACCACACAUAUGUGGAUGUCUCUGUUAGAGAUUCAGACUUGGAGCCAUUUGACCUCCAGAAACAUCAUAAAUCACAUGAACUCUGCUGAGUUAUCGAUUUGCCUCCAAACUUUGCCUUCAAACUUUGAUGUUUCAUGUGCUGGAAACAUUUUGCAGCGAGGACACAAAGUCGUUAGCUUGAGAAAUACUUUGCAUUGAGUUUCACUCAAACGUCAAUAAAUCAUUAGCACAUUAGUAUGAGGACAGUUUAAUUACAGUAAACAAAUGAGACCAGUGUGAAUGAGAUUAUCAGCCUCUCUCUCGGUUGUCACAGCUGGAUUGUCAAAGUGGGUUUCUGCUUCAUAAAGGAAACACAACUAACUUUCUUUAGUAUAAUCUAACAAACCUCUGGUCCUUCCUCCACAGACAAAGACAAGCCCCUAGACUCUGAUGAGGACUCGAUGGGUGUGAAUGGGGGGCCUGGUGGGAUGGGAGGAGCCCCUGGCUCUUUGCGUUCCAACUCCCAGUCGGCCUUCCUGGGCCCGCUGCUGUGGGAGCGUACCCUGCCGUGUGAUGGCGGCCUGUUCCAGCUGCAGUACAUGGACCUGGAGGAGUUCCUGACCGAAAAUGGGAUGGGGAUGCACAGCAAUGGACCCAGCUCCACCAGUGCCCAGAUCCCAUCCCAGGUAAGACCGACAAGAAACCCAAAAUCCAAACCUAACUCCACGUGACAUUCAGUUUGUGUGUAACUUGGUGAGUUGUCUCAUGUCAUGAAAAACCUCUGAACAAACGAAGCGACUGACGGUUUUUCUUCCUCUCUCAGAGUCCUCAGUCAGCUGUUCCCAACCAGAGCUCCCAGUGCCCGCCAUCCUCUCCUCCACCCUGCUCUUCAUCUUCCUCUUCCAUGUCCUCUUCAUCCUCUUCUUCUUCACUGCUUGGAUUGGAGACUGUCCAACCGCAACCACCGCCACCACCACAACAACAGCAGCAAGGCAUGAUGGGAGGACCCGAGUGUCUACACGGUAAGUGAAUUUAGGUUUAUUCCAUGAGCUAGUGCAGAAUUUGGAGUAUAUGUGGCGGUCUGUGAUGAUUUGGACCAUCUUUGAGGACUUUUAAUUUGACUUUUGAAGAGACAGUGUUCAAACUUCUAGCUUGUGUUUAAGCCAAAUGCUUUAUUGUUUGACAACUCUAGCAGGAAGCUACACACAUCCUUGAUCAGAGAUAAGUUACCUGUUCACAGUUACAAGUCUGAUCAUGUUUUGGACGUUGUCAGUAGAACUAGAUUUCUGUUUUUGUAAAAGUUCCCAAGUCUUGGCAUUCAGAUCCAUGUUUUGGUUCCUCGUGUCAGUAAAUGCAUCAUCCGUUGGGUAUAAGGCUCUAUCAUCCUCUUGUAGGACCUCCAAAGGUAGUGGGUGGUUAAUAGGAAAGCACUCAUUUUGUAGUAGAUUAAAUCUGACAUCCGCACAUGAGAAGGCGUUUCUGCAUGAGUUAAUGCCCUCCCAUGUAAAAUAAGCUCAAUGCACAAAGGUCUUGAUGUGAACUGGCAUUAAUGAGGACACAGACUCAUGAUACAUUACAUUAACCAACCCAAUUAAACAAUUGGACUUCUUAACCAGCAUGAGUUCCUCUCUAAUUACAUCUCUCUGUUAAACGACUUUAGCCCUUGACUCAGCCCUCUCUUACUCUCUCCAACAGCUUUUUUCAUCCUUUUUUAUUCAUAAUUUAUUGCCUCCCUCCUCUUGAUGUGAACCAGAACUGCCAGAGCAUCAGAUAUUUUCGAUCUAUCUUCCUCCUAUGUUUUUUUCCUUCUUUCAGAGAUUUCACAACUCUGGCAACGUCUAACUCUAAUUGAAACCACAAAGCCCGUUCUCUGUAGUGCCGACGGUCGUGUUUUGAAUCCUGUGAGACAUCAAAUGAGUCAUCACAGCUAAUUUCACGUUGAUUUAUUGAUGACAGAUUGCAAACAUGUCUUUGGAGAUGUUCAACAGUUGUGUGAACAUUAAGAGGGAGGGGGAAACUACAACUAAUUUAGUUUAUUUUUAGAAACAAGGACUUUUACCAUACUUUAUUACUUUUCUCUGUGAUAGCUAGCUCACUCACUAAAUCCUUACACUUCUUUGGUACUUUGUUUGGACAUAAUCAACCGUUUUCCAGAGCACUCCCCUUUGUUGUGUUUUACUAGUCUUGCUUUAACUGUUGGCUGCACCGCUUGAUAGCGCCCCCCACACUUUUCAGUGGAACAGAAGGCUUGACUGAAGCUGAAUACACUGGAAUAAUUCUUUAAGAUAGUAGAGACAGAGUAUUUAUGGGAGCCACUUGGAUCGACAAGGGCCUCUUGUUGGUUGGUUUUUACUUACUUGGUUUACUUGGUUGGUUGUUCGGCUUUUUUGGAUGGUUUGUUGGUUGGUUGGUUGGUUAGUUGGUUCCUUGGUUGCUCUGCUUGUUUAGAUGGUUUGCUGGUUGGUUAGUUGGUUGGUUGGUUGUUCUGCUUGUUUAGAUGGUUAAAUGGUUGGUUGGUUUGUUGGUUGUUCGGCUUGUUUGGAUGGUUUGUUGGUUGGUUAGUUGGUUCGUUGGUUUGUUGGUUGGUUGGUUGUUUCAUUAGUUAGUUGAUUGGAUGGUUGUUUGGGUUGUUUGGAUGAUUUGUUGGUUGGUUAGUUGGUUGGUUGGUUGUUCGACUUGUUUGGAUGGUUAAUUGGUUGGUUGGUUGGUUGGUUGGUUUGUUGGUUGUUCCGCUCGUUUGGAUGGUUUGUUGGUUGGUUGUUUGGCUUGUUUGGUUGGCUGUUUGCUUGCUUGUUUGGUGUCGGUUGGUUGGUCGGAGACUAGAUAGUUGAUUGGUUUGUUUGGAUUAAUAGCUGGUUGGUUGGAUGCAUGGCUCGCCAAAAGUCAGAGUUAUGAUGAUAGACUUUCAGAUAAGUUUCAGACCUUGUUAUUUGUGCAAACCUAAACACCUUUGGAUAAAUCAACCAAUCAAAGUGAUGAAAUAUGUGGCACAAUAUCAGGUUAAAAGCUUUUAAAUCGAAUUUUAGGUCUUCCAGCUGACGUUUGGUUUGACAUUUCUUGCCACCAGCUGUCUACUACCUACUACCUUGCAGUAGGAUUCAGUGGCAGCCAUUUUGGGUUUUUUGAAUUCCCUGAAAGUCUUUAGGCUGUUUUAUUGGCAGUGGUGCUGACCCAUGAAAAAGGUCAAAUUGUGCCUCAAAACUGUUAAUCACCGGCUCUUAUAGUCAUGCUUUCCUCCUUCAUAAUGCGCCCCUGCUUGGUUUGUGAUUGGCCACAACUUGAAUCAGGAUGGACAAAAAUCUGUGAGAAGCAGAGGGGGACCAGAUGGAUCCACCAGAGCAAAGAAAACAUUGGAUCAAAAUUUAUUUGGACCCCAAGCUCUUUAACUUUGUGCUUUUAAUGUGAAAUGCAGGGUAAAGGGUUUAUGUGCAGCUACGGGCAGAGAUUAAAAAACCAAAAGAGAGAGUCUAAGAAGAGGAUUUCAGGAAAUACAGAUAAAGUGCCCUGCAGGACUUGGUUCUGAUAAAUCUCACAAAGAGCAUUGUGUUUGUCUUUUAACUCUGUUAUUUUGUUCUGAAACAACAAGAGGAGGGAUAUUUGAGUGUGAAAAUGAGCCGUAGAGCAGCUUGAGGAAAAUCAGACAGUGUCGGGAAAAAGAGACACAGAAAGGACAGAGAUACAGCAGAUCCUCGGCAAGGAUAGAGCUGCUAUUGAGGAGUGAAUAGCACUGAAUUCUGCUGCAAGGCUCUGAGUGUGAGUGUGUUCAAAUCUGCCUGAGUGCUCCUGCGAGUGUCUAUUAAUAUUCUCCCGCCAGUGUGUGUGUGUUUGUGUGCAUGCUUCCACGUACUCGUGUGUGCAGUACGCCGAACUUCAAACAUGCAUAUGAGAGUGCCCUCUUUAUUUCGCCAUUUGCAUGCAACUGUUCGGGCUCUAAUGUGGGCAUGCUCUUGUGUUUUUGUGUGAGUGUGUAAUAGAGAGGGAGAGGGAGAGAGGAAGAGAAAAUGUGUGUGUGCUCUUUAUUCUGAAUUAUAAACACGUGACUGGAUUGAGCAUGAUGCAUCCAGCCAGAAAUCCCUCAGGUCUUUGUGGAGCUGAAGUGUUACUACAGACCUGCACAGAGAAAGAGAGGGAGAAAGUCACCCAGAGACAGGGAUGGAAAAUAGACUGGUAACAAUAAUCUGAUCCACAUGCAGGUUUGGUUUCAGUAUAAAUCAUCCUUAGAGAGAAGAACAGCUUAGGGAGAGGAAAAAAUGAAAUGAUGCAGCAGCAUUUUUGGAGGUUUGAAAGACAUUUUCCACCUGUUUGUCCCUCAAAAUGCAUCUGCUGGGACUUAAAAUUGGGGACUUGUGGAUAAACGCUUAAUAGAUUUGAUAUUUAAUCAGCUGUGAAUCAACUGAAUUCACUUUCUUGUUUUCCGCAAUAUCUUACCUAAUAAAGACUAAAGCCAAGAAGGCUUGGUUUUUGCAAAAUUUUACAGCCUUGGACUCAUCUUGUGAGAAUCAGCUGAGCACACCAAGUGCUCUGAUGUCAACACCCCCAAACAUUUCAAACAAAGCUCAUCUGUGUUGGUUUUUCUUGGAAAAAAAGACUCAAAUUGGAUUUAAUUUUGCAUCCAAAAUGGAAAAAAACAAUCUUCUCAAAGACAUUAUGUCUCAUCAUCCUUUUGUAGAAGCAAAAAACAACAAGUUAAAAUAAGAAGGAAGUUGAUCUUCAUGUUAUCUGGCAAACUCAGGACCUCUUAAUCACAAGUUAAUCACAAGGACACCAGUUCCUCUGAAGGCAGCGAGUGUGAAGCCGCUGUGUUGUUUACCAUCUACUGUUUCACUAAGACUCACCAGAAACAGGUGAUCUGUCUCUACUCACUAAACCAAGAAAGUAUGAUGUCGAUAUCGCAGAUGUAAAUACUGGAAGUGUUGGCAGGAAGUCGACUCGUUUUGUCUUUAAAAAAAAAACAAAAAUAUUGACAUUGUGGUGAAAAAUAAACAUAUGGUAACACUGUGAAAAUACUUGGACCACAUUGUGGGCAGUAGUAGUUUGUCAGGCUGUUUGUCUCCUAAUAUAAACGGAAGCCGAAGAAGAAGCAGCAGCAGCAGUUGCUAGCUGGCUGGCUAUAGCCCAGGAUUUGAUCGUUUAGUUCUCCAACUUGCGUCAUUUCAAAAUAAAAGCAUAAUUUUACAAUACAGGAAAAAAAGGGACCUAGACAGUAAAAAUGUCAAACAAAAGCAUCAGAAACAAUCAUUUCAUGCUGCUGUUACUGUAAAAGAUUUCCAGAUUUCCAGCAAUACUACCAUUAUUAUGAAUUAUGCUGAUAAACCGGAAUUAAAGCCAACAAGGAGUGACACCAGCGGGCUACUCAGUAAUUAGGACAAAGACGCUCAUGGUUGCGUUGGUGCAGCAUGUGAAAAUAAGACAGUCUAGAGUCUUUCUUUGGAUGGUUCAUUAUUCCUCUGUUAGCCCUCAAUCCAUUCAAAAGCAAGAACCCAACAUUCAUCAUUAGCUUCCAUUCAAAGACCUACAGUUGACCUGACUGAGUAGGAGGCCCCUAACUUGGUAAAAAAAAUGACAUGUGGUCCUUCUAGCAAUAAAUGUAUCAAUAGAUCAGCUAUAGCUUAGUCAUUAUGGUUUAUGAUAACUGUGGUGUGACUCGAGAUCAGGCUUUUCGCGAGCUUCAUACUUGGUUAGACACAAGUCACGACUUCUGGAUCUUGAGAAAUGAAGCCGAGUGCUGAAAACUGCAGUUCCCCAAGUGUCCACCAGAGGCUGGCUGCAGAAGCUUAAGAAACCACAUAUACACUGAUUUUAAAAUGAUUUUUAUUAUUAUACUACUAAAAUGUCAUUUUUUUGUCAGUCAUAAUCAAUCACAAGUUAGCCCCUAACUUUUUAUAACGGACUCUUUUAUUGUAUCCAGAGGAGUCGCCCUCUGGUGGCCAUUAUAGAGAAUAACACUUAUAGUCACCACUAAGAUAUCUUUGCAUUUUAGAGGUUGAGACUAAAUUCUUUUGGUUCACAACGCUUUGAACCAUAUUUCCUCUAAAAUCUAAAAACUUUCUGAUAGAACGAGCUCUAACGAUAAAAACAUUAUCGGCUCUAAAUAGAAAAUAAACACAAGUCUCUACUCGCAGAAUUAAUCUUCAGACAAUUGAGAAGAAAUUGGGUGAAAAGACCAACAGUGUAAUUUGAUUUGUAGGUUAUAAAACAGGAACGUUUUCAAGGUUGAAGUCUGAUCCGAGUGUUUGGCAGCUCUCACUAAUGAUGCUCUUUAACCAACAAACGCCCACAGAGCUGUGAGUAAAUAAAGUGAGAAUUUUUGUCUGUUUUUUUGAAAGAGGAGGAGGAAAGCCGGUAAAGAGAGUUCAUAAGGAUUGUACUCACUGUUAUUGUCUUAUUGUAGAGAAACACGAAUCGCUCAGAGUUGUAGUUGAAUCAGCUGUUAUCAGGCUGCAGCUUAGACACUUCCAGGUCACAAACCUUCCUGAUCAAAACCAGAGUGUAAACCUCACUUUCCCAUGAGCCUCUGCAAGCUGGAGGAUGCAUGAACCCGCUGACCUGCAGUGUGUUUGAGAGGAAGCAUCUGCUGCGAGAAAAUUGCACAGCUAUCACUAAGGCGGGUUUUAAUGUUAAUCACUGAUUAAAGCGGAGAACACGGAGAGAAAGCUGCACAUAAGAAAUACAUGAGAUGUAGAAAUUUGACUCCAUAAUGUCAAAUACUCUGACAGUUUGACACGUGAUAAAAACAUAACAAGACAACUGAGGAGAAAUCCGAAAUCUGAAUAAUCUGAUCCCCGCUCGUUCGCCUGAGGCUGAUCUGUCUACCAAACUUCAUGCGGAUCUUCAGCCGAAAAUCUGACAGGAGGAGAGACUGAAAGUGAGCGCAGAUGUGAUGAAGCUUCAGUGGGAAGUAAAAAUAAAAAAACAAACAAGAGUGGAAAAUGGGAUCAGGACCUGUGGAACUUAAAAUAAACCUGAAGAGUUUGGAGCUUGGACCUGAAAUUUGCAUAAGUUUGAUUCGACAUACUCAUAGAGGUAUGUCUUCUGGACACGUCUUUCUGCAGCACUGAGGAGUAAAACGCUGGAUUAAUGAGGACACCAACUUAAACAUUAAUGUGACAGGAAAUCUAUCAGACCAGAAAUCAGUCCUAAUCCGCCACUCGGAAUCAGAAAAAUCCGAAGCAAACUGUGCGACUGAUGCACAUGAACUGUUUGUGAACCGUCGUUUUGACGUCUCCAGUUCGUCAUGUUUCAGUUUUAGUAACAGAAGUAGCAAAACAGAUAUUAGUGAAGCUGCAUCAGUUCAUACUGUAAAUAAAUAUGCAUCUAUACAGUCCAGCUUUAUCCUCUAUUGUUAACAAACCCAGGAAGAAGAUCGUCCAUUUCCCCAAAGACUUUUCGUAGAUUCGCCCCCUGCUGGCCAUUGGAAAAAAUGCAGGUUUCAUAUCCUGACUUUUCUAUUGGAAUUGGAAUUGGCUGGAAUUGGAUUGAUACUCAUGCAUCCGGUCUAUAAAUGGAAGUCUCUAUAAGUCAUGGAUAUAGUCUCAGUGGUGGCUCCCAUUGGCUUCUGAUGGUGGUCGCCAUAUUGGAAAGGCACUGGUUUGUGUAGGUCUGGCGAUCCGCAGCGGAACGGAAUGAAGCCGGUGGAAAUUGACACAUAAACUUGAUUGGUUACGAUCAGCUACAAUCGGUGGAUACAGCCUUUUUGCAGCCAUUCAGGAUGCAGUGGAAAUUGGAGGCAAUGGUGUUUCUUUAACUUUCGCAGCCAGCCUCAAGUGGACAGUCAAGGUACUGCAAUUAGACAUUCGCUGCUAGAGGUUGCAGCCUGAAAUUGACUCCAAAUCUUGUGUCAAGUGGUCCAAGAUAUCCUUAAGUUAUGUCAUUUUAAAAGGUGUUACAACAGUCCAUGCUCAGAGGACCACAUCUCAUUACACUGCAGUCACUUUGUCUCGCAGAGAAAACAGUCUGUGCCCUGAUGAGGCCGUCCUUGGCCCCAGGAGCUUCGUGUAUGACUUCCCCAGCUGCUUUAACCACAUAGCUGCUUCAUCUCACUCUGAAAUACCAGCGUCUAGACAACAAGAAUGCCGGAUAAAUCCUCCAGGAGUCAUCAGGCAGGGGGAUGAGAUCCAUAAAGGAUUUAAAACAAAUAUAGAGGUAUUAAAAUGUCAGAUCUGGCUGUGCAUUGAUUGAGCGGGGAGUGUAACGAUUUGCAGUGUCUUUGAGAGGGGAGUGUGAGAUAAUGCCACGCUGGGGCUGUGAGUGAUUUAACAUUCAGGGCUGUGAUUAAUCCCAGCAAGCGAAGGGUUAAAUCAGACACUGACUCUGCACUCUGUAACACCGCACUGAGAGAAAAGGGAGAGAAAGAGAGAGAGAGAAAGAGAGGGAGAUGCCUGAGGGGGGAGAGCGAGUCAAGAGUGUUCGCUUUGCAUGUUUUGAAAUCUCUCUCUCUCUCUCUCUCUCUCUCUCUCCCUCCGUCUCUCACACGCUCGGGCCAUGUGCGGCCGCCACGUCACGUGCCGCUGCAGAAAGCAUUGGAGCGAGAGAGCCAGCAUGAGAGACAGAGAGAGACAGGAGGUAGGGAAGGGAGGAGGGAAGGAGGGGAGGAGAGAGAGUGAGCGAGGCAGGAGGAAAGCGGAGGGAGAUAAAGAAAGAGAGAGAGAGAGAGAGAGAGAGAGAGAGAGAGAGGAAACUGAAGAUUACAGAGAGAAUAAACACUGAGGACGAAGCACGAAAAGAGCAAAGCUGGAGGAUGGCAGUGAGCUAGGAAAGGCUUGAACACAGCAGAUCAUAAUACUCCAAUCUAUGGUGUUACAGCUGCACAGAAAUAUCUUAAAAAUGUAUCUUAAAAACUCUGAUUUUAACAAGAUUUACAAGUAAAAACACCAAAAAAAAUCAUGCUUUUCCAUUAAUUACCUCUAAAAAUGAUCUUUUUUUAAUAGGACGCCCUUUAUGGUUUAUUACAGCCUUCGAAAAUGUGUCCAUACUCUGAAAUAUGAGUCACAUGGGCAUUUGUUUUCAUAUCCCACCUGUAUCGUCAAAGCAGCAACUCUCCGUCCUUUUAAACAAUGUGAAUAUCUGCAGUAAAACAUUGACCCCGUGUGCUAACUGAGCUGUCAGCUCCCAGCUACUGUACUCUGACUAAUUCUUCUGUCUGUGUUACACCUCUUCCUAACAUACAGCGAGUGAGCGAACUACAGCAGAUUGGGCGUGAAAAAUUGUCCAGAUAUACUACGAGAGAGAUGCAGCAGCGUGAGAGAGGGAUGAGAUUGUGUUUUCGUGUCCCUUGUGGAUUAUUCAUCCGCUAAAAAGAAAUGCAAGUGCACCAAAAUACGACCAGUGUGAGGAGCGACUAAAAAGGAGCGGCGUGUUCCUUUGUUUGAGGAGAAAGAGCAUCGCACAAAGACAUCUUUGUCGGGGAAAACGAAGACUUUUUGAUGUCCACAUGUCAGUCAUUCACAUGUUUUUUUCUUCCUGUUUGAAUUGUUGCUUUUGUCGCAGCUUCAGUUUGGUGCUCUGUGUUGUUGCUAAUGUGCGAACACUAAAAGGAGCUGUCUGCAAAGUUAAUCCUGAAAAAUGAGUUCGUAGAUGAGUCCUGCUGUGAAGAAAAACAACAAUAGUGCUUAAACUGCAGUUCCCAGAGUGUCCACUUGGGGCUGGCUGUAAAAGCACCAGAAGCCACAUUCACACUCAUUCAAAAACGCACAUCUUUACAGCACAAGCCCGGUCGAAAAACAACUUUAGUCUGAAUUUCUUAUUUCGCUAUCAGCAUGCAGUUUUGAAGAUAGUAAGACGACUGUUUUUGCAUCAUUAGUGACAUAGCAAACUAGACUGUCAUGUUUUGUAACAUUGAGGCCCAACAUUUAGGCUGAGUAUGUCCGUGUGUUUCUAUUGUUUUUGAAUAUGCUGUGUUCGAGCUACCUAGGAAGUCAGAAGUCCGAGCUGAAAAUAACGUCACACCCAAGUUACCAGCGUUUUAGUUACCAAGUUGGAAAAAAGCAAAAUCGGAGGUGGGAACAAGAUGGCUACAUCUACGAAAGUUAUUUUAGGGCUUGCCUUAUCUGAAUAUAAGGCAAUCGCUAAAAUAACUUUUGUAGAUGUAGCCAUCUUGUUCCCACCUCCGAUUUUGCUUUUUUCCGACUUGGUAACUGAAACGCUGGUAACUUGGGUGUGACGUCAUUUUCAGCUCCGACAUCUAAAUUCCGAGGUAGCUUCUUGAAAAGGAAGAAAAAAAAACUUAGCUUGUGAUCUGUUUAGAUGGAGUAGAAGUGAAGCCAGUGUAGAAAUGCCAUAAACUUGCAGUUUGUUUCACAUCCAACAGGGGGCGACAUCUUUGAGAAAAUUAGCUCUUCUUUUAGUAAAUCUACAAUAUUUUUGUGUCUUUUGACCAUUUAAAUUACAUGCCAUCAUCAUUUUGUUCCAGGUUGGAAACACUUUUGUUUUUGCUCUGAAGUUAAGCUUUUUUGAAUAGGUGUGUAUUUGGCUUCUGCUGCUUUUGGAGACAGCCCCCAGUGGACACUCUGGGAACUGAAGCUUUAAAACUUCUUUAUUGGCGUCAUCUGUAGGAGGUUUUGCUGUGCUGUUACAUUGUGGCAGACUUUGAUCUGACAAACGAUAACUAUGAUUUGUACAACCAAGAUAUGAUGAUUAGGUCUCCAGAAAAACUUCCGGUGUUUUGGAGGCUCUGAUUAACUCUGUGGUUACAUUUUUGGCCCCAUGAAGAGGGGUUAUAGUCCUCAGUUGUUAUUCCUUGUUCCCCUCCCAGUUUCUUACUCUCCGCCCUCCUGUGGCUAAAUAAAGGCACAAAAGCCCAAAAAUAAACUUGAAAAAGAAAAAAAAUAACCACCAAUGUUUUUAUUUUCCCGCUGAGAAGAGGCGCAGCCCAAAGGGAACCUGAGCUGGAUCUCCCUUUUUAAAGUUUCAUCAUUUUAGCUGCAAAGUGAAAGCGCUCAGCCAGAAGUGGGGAUGUCCUGACGAGAGCUGUGUUGCAUUUUUAAUGAAACAAAGCUACAUCCUCUUUUUUUUUUAAGAGUUUUUAAAUGUUCAGAAGCAGAAAAUUUUUGCAGUUAAAUAACAUGCAGUAGUGUUUGGACUUAGUUCAGAGCAGGGUUUGUUUGGACCUGUGGCGGCGGAAAGUUUGUUGCAUAAAUGAACUUAAGAGUUAUUUAAACAGAAACAGCAGCUUCUUCUUCUACUUCUUUAGGAUCCUCUCACAUGUCUCAUCUCUUUGUGUUUCCAUAAUCUGAUCAUUCACUGAGAUUUAUCCGUGAUUUGAAAAGACAAAAGAGAGAAAAAGAGAAAAAGAAAGAGGGAGGUCACUCUACUAUCUCCUCUCUGCGGUGACAUAACUCCCAGUCAGUGUGUUGACAUUACGCACAGGACUCCUGGGGUGUGUCACCUGGACUGGAUUGUUUCUGGUGUGUUUGCGUGUGUGUAUGUGUGUGUGUGCAUCCGCUGCUGUUGUUGCACUCUCAUGUGAACGUGCACGUGCCUGCCUGUGUGUUUGUUUGUGUGUGCAGAGGCGAGUCACUGCCUGCCAGGGUGUGUACACGGACAUCCAUGUGUUCUCUCACCGUGUUAACAUGAGCCAAGGUUACACCGAGACACAAAACAGAUGUUAUAGAUGAUUCAAAGUGUGAUGGUGAUCUUGUGAAGCUGACAAUGUCGGUUUGUUUUUAUUCAAAACUUGAUAGAUUUUACUAAAAAAUCAUCAGAAAACAGAAAAAUAAUUACCAAAAGCUCUUACAGACAAUUCAGUACUCCUGCUGAUGUUAAUAGUCGACUUUAAGUGCUGCUUUUACUGCUACUAACAAAAUAAAAAGUCAUUUUCGAGCAAUAACCCCUUAGUUACCAUAUUUUUGCUUAACCAAAUGAGAGAGCGUGCAAGCAAAGAGCUGUGCAACUAAAACACACCUUUGAGGACUCAUUUCAAAGGCAGUAUCCCCGAGUUUCUCGUGACUGCUGGAUUUGCUCAUUUGUUUUUGAAGCCCUUGGUUCUUCGAACAGUCAUCUUUAGCUGUUUUAACACGUAUGUGGACAAUUUCUGGGCAAUUUCAGGAUAUUCAGAGAGCUGAUUUUUCUUUGAAUAAUCCUUUAACUGUGGUUAAGUCAUGGCAGAUUUAAAGAGAGAAAAAAACAGAGGACCCAAGACGGAACCCUGAGGGACACCACAGGACAGGUCCUCUAUGAAAAAGCAUCUCGAUCAGCAGUGAAAGACAAUCUUCUACCUCAGAAAAUAUGUCAUAGUUAAAUGUAUGAUUCUAAUUGUUAGUUCAAAUCUCUCUAGAGUUGAAGUACAGAGUGUAAAUGUGGUUCCUUUCAGAAUAAAACAAACAUCAGGUCAGGGGAUGUGAGCAAUAAACAUCAGCCCUAUUGUCUGAUGGCCACUUUUGGCAGCCAAGCGUCAAAAUCAAGGCUUUAAAGCGGUGGACUAAAAACUUUCAUGUCUUAUACUACUUAUGAUUUAGGAUCUAAAACCAAGAAGUGCAGCGGUCCCUAAACGUACUGAAAUUAUUCAGAAAGCAGAGAAACUCCAAUCAGUGUGACUCCGUCUCGCAAGAAAUAUCCGCAAUCUCAUGAGCGCUUCUCCUCCGAUGGUGGCGGCGAAUCAGAACCAAUGGGCACUGUAUGCUUGCGUAUCUGAUCCGCCUGCCGGUCCGGGGCGGAGCCGUUCCAGUUCCAUUGAUAACAGAGAGCUGACAGGACAACAUCCCCAAAAGUCAGAUAAACGGGUUAUUAACUGUGGUUUGCAGCAACAUUUUGCGCUGUAAACAAGAACUGCAGUUCCUUGAGUGUCCACAUGGGGCUUGAGAAUCCCCAUUGGCGCCCGUGUUAAUACGCCAGUUUUUACGACGGAUAUCAGCACUUAGUUGCCCGAUUUAGGAAAAUUGGAUUGUUGUUUUGACUUGGAGGUUGGUGUGUGUAGCUGUUUGUCAGCUGUCAUAGACCCACCUCAGCUUCUCCUGUAAUCCUGUUUCUAGACUGAUCCGAACCCAGGUUCCAAUAUGGCUCCCCACCAUCUUUGGGCUUCCAAACGCCCCUGAAAUUUGCCAGGCUCACUUCACUUCAAGUCAAGAACUGAAGUGGAAAAUUUCAGACCUGUUGAGCAAACUCUUUGGGAGUCAGUGAGUUGUUAGUUUGAUGUUCAUAUUUUGAAUUAGCUGCAUAUAUAUGAUGUUUUUAACAGGAUAUUUGGUAUUUGAAUCAGUGUUAGUUUAGCUCAUUGAGCCUAUAGGAGUGUGAAUAUUCUUAUAGAGCUUCCAGUUGGUCGACAGUCUCUCCUGUGAAGGAAGUACUUGAUUUGUUUUAAGGCAGAGAGGAAGAAGCCAAACAUGGCAGCAGACACUCAGAGCGGUGAACUGUGUUUACGUUGCAGGGAGGGGAGCCCUCUUUUACAUAACACACUUCCUAUAUCUCAUUCCACGUCAGUAUUGUAUUUCCAGCCCGUGUUAUUUUUUUUCUUUUUCUGCACGUUACAACCAGCUGCUGGCAGAGCUCAUAGUUCAUCUGCAUGUCAAAUGCACAGAGGACAGACACACAUACAGAAACGGAAAUGAAGCGCAGCUCUCACUUAUCUGAUUACUGCUGUUGAUGGUCGUACUAAUACUGGAACUGUACUGUAACGAUUAUAUAAUACUGCUGCUACUGGCCAGUAUCCUGCUCUGUGGUCACUACACGCCACAUUCAAGUCUCCCACUGGAACUUAGAUUUAAGCAUGUUUUCUAAUGUUUGAAUGGAAAUUACUUGUCUAUAAUUAAUCAAAAACCAAUUUGUCCACAGGGGGGCGCCAAAAUUGAGUCAUAACUUCCUCAUGGUAGCUUUAAAUCUUGAAAAUUUGCAAAGUUUUAUCCCAUAGCAUGCUUAUGUGUUAAUGAAAAAUGCCUGUUGUUAACACAGAAUUUAAGGCCUGCAUAAUAUACAGCAUUUUCAUCAUCAUCCCAGUAUAAACAUAUGCAGUUAAAGAGAUCUAAUGCUACAUUUACUUCUCCUCAGAGUGAUAUUUGACACCUCAGACUCAUAACUUCUGUUUUUACAGAUAAAAUUCAGCAGCGUGAGUCAUCCUGUGUCCACAUUAAAUCUAGGUAAUAACACUUAUCAUGUAACUGCAGCCAUUAUGUAGUGUUUGAUGACUAAAUAUUAUUGUGUGUCAUCCGAUUACACCUGUUCGGAUGUCUAAAUAUAACCCGGGCUUUCAUAAUCCAGCCAUUUCGGUAUCGUUUCCUCAAAAAUACAAUGUAGAAAAACAGCUAGUAUCAAAUUUAGAGAUGAGGUUUCAAACAUGAGUGUUAUCUUGGUGAAACACAUGGCGAGGGCAUGGUGUGUAUUUAUGUGUUUUUUAAUGCCAGUAGAUACUAAAUGAGGUAGGUAUGACCCAUUUUUCGUACCACUCUGCGCUCUUGAAAACAUCAGACGCGAAAGAAAUAAUCUAAGACCAAAAAAUAAUUUGUCAAAAUCAUAUAAAAUUUGACUGUCAUUGUCUCAAUUCAUUUCACAUAUUGGCUUAGUCAGACUUUGUAACUGUUAGCAUCUGUGGUAAACUAACGUAAACGUAAAAUCUUGUUCGGCUGGCUAAAGAUAUUUUACAUUUGUAACAUAAGCAGAUUCUCUUAUUCAAUGCCUUAUUUUAUUUUCUCACUUGUAACCACAAAUAAAAGUAACAAAAGGUGAAAGACAGUCAGACGUUGAUAACAUAAACCUGGUGCGCUAGCAUAGGCGAGUCCCCCAGAUUUUCGAACACUAACUUUCAACGUGGGUAACCUGAAGUAGUGAAAUUUCCUGACAGCUUUUACUUUAUUUUUUACAACAAACUUCUGUUAAUACAUGAGCUUUGAUUUUAUUUAUAUUAUCUUCAGACUGUUGGGAAUCUUUAUCGGAAAACGAACAAGCUUUGUAAAAUGGGAUUUAUCGUCAACAUAGGCAGAGCAUGCCAGUCCUGAAGUACAUGGAGAUAGUUGUCAGGUUCAGAACGACUGCUUUAAGAAAUAAUAAUUACAGCAAUCUCAAAAACUUACUUUUUACUUGAAUAAUUGUGUAUUUUUAUAUUUCCGUUGUCUGAACUCCUUAAUCAGGAAAGUGUUUCAGAUUUAAAGUUAAAGUUUGAUGCAGUAGCUGAAAAUAAAGCUGCUCAGGAUGACGAUGAUUUCAGUAGAAUUUCUGCAGUUUCUCAUGCUUCGCUACUUCCUUUUCUUGGUUCCUACAUUUCCCAAAAUGCAUUUCCCCCCCUAAAUCCUCGGGGAGCAGCAGCAAGUUUGUUGCUCUCAGCUGUCGGUUUCAUGUGUAGGUGGUUGAAGUGAAAGUAUAGAUAGAUCAAACAAGCGAUUAGUCAAGAGGAAGAGUUGCUCACCUGACUCUCAAACCUCAACCUGUGUUAUUUUCUGCCUCUGUGGGCGUCUGUGCCCACUGCAGCUGAUGCCUCUCUGUUUGCUUUGUGAACACAGGAGCAAAAUGGCGGCGCAGGAGGGGAGCGUUUGAUUCUGAAGGACAAACUCAAACUCUUACCUUUGAUUUCUCUCUUAGAUAACCUUCACGUUUUCCUUCAACAAACUCCCUUUUUUUCAACCUUGGGUUCGCUUUUUAAGAAAGUUUCCAAAAGAGGACUGGAAAAGUUCUCCCAUUAAAACAACUUAAAUCAUCAGCGCGCCUUCGUUUGCUCCAUCUGAGGAUCAACUCUUCACGUCCUGAGGCGAAUCCUGUGAUGGAGAAUUCAGAUGAUGCAGCAGCUGUGUUAAAAAGACGGAUUUCAAACAGUAUUUCCUGAUUUGACACGAGUAUGAAUAAGAAAUGAGGGCUCUAAUUUGAACCCAUAGAGUUACUCAAAACCAGACCUUCAAAGACCUCGAGAUGUCUUGAGGAUGCUGAAAUUAAAGAGGAAGUUUAGCAGAUUCAGUGUGAUGUAUUUGGCAUGAAAAGUCAAGUAUGAGUGUUAGUGGUUUAAUCCAAAAAUCAUUCCCAUAAACAAGGCUUUCAGAGACAGACUGUGGACGGAUGGAAAGAGAGGAGCAGAGAUUGACAGGCGGAAAGAGAAAAACACAUAAUCUCAGAUAAAUUAAUGAAAGCAGAGUGAAUCUGAGAGUCAGCGGCUGCUUGGUCCAAAUGGCUCCCGCUCACAUAGAGAAAAUGAAGCCCGGUUUGGCGGCUGUUUUCCCCAGUAGCAGUGGGAGCUUGUUCUUGGAUCAGUUUCAACUUUUCGCCCAAAAUGGUUGUUAUUAGGACGAAGCUUUGGGCAGACUUAUUCAGGAUCAGCUCCGUCCAGCUGCCAGAGAGUCAGAUCAAACCGGCAGCAGUUCAUCUGAUGGAGUCGCUGCUUCCUAGACAAACAGAUGGACCAGAGGACAUAUGGAUAGAGGAUAAAGACGAGCAUAUACGGCCCUUUGCAUUAGAGAGAAACCAUGAUGGAAUUAUGAUUUCGUGCAUGUUUGCACAGACUCAACGAAGGGCCACAGGAUUUGACAUAUGGACAUGUUUUCCAAAAUGACCCAGAAGCAUUCCUCCAGAUUCUGAAAGUAGUCCAACUCUCACACGGCAAAGUUAUAAAUAUGCAAAUUACAUGUUUUCUUGCCGUUCAGUGUCCCGAAAGUUGUCCCCGAUAAAUCUAAUUCUCUCCGUCAAACCCAUCCAAUCUGCAUUUGUACAAAAUGUGCAGUACAGGACAAACUGAAAGGGAUUAGAAAGGAUUAAAGCUGCACUAACAGAUUUUUCUGGCCACUGGGGGGCAGUGAAACAGACACAUUGCUGACUAAAGAUGCAGCAGCAUAUUUGUAGUCUCUAAUGAUAUUUUAACAUCGAGGUACUGAGUCAAGUUGCACCAUCAAAUGUUAAGAAUCUAUAAACAAACAAAACCAAAUAAAAGAAAAGCUGAGUCAGCGUUUUCUGUAUGGUAGCCGCCAUGAUUUGGAUUCAAAUCGCCACUUUAUAAACUACAUCCGUCUGGGAAAUUAAGGCCAUAAAACCAAAACUUAAAGGGAUAUUCUGGCGUAAAUUAAUUUAGGGUCAAACACACUGAGUUAGACACCCCCUCGAGAGAUGAAUGUUGCCGACUGCCUGCUUCUCUAGUUAUACCAACUUUAAUAACGACCGCACGAUAGCAAUACACAGCUGUCUGAGGAGCCAUCAACAAACCGCAACCAAAAUGCCACUCUAUAGCCACAAAUAAUGUUCAGAACAGCAACUAACUUCAUCAACAGGACUUAUAGGGUCCCAGCCAUAGUACUAGCCACCAAACAUCUUUUUAGCUUUACCUAAUUUUUUUUAACAAAGAGACUAAACUCAACCCACCAACUCUCUUCCAGCAGCCGCUUGUUCAUAGUGAGACCUCGAGCCAAUCCAUUACGGACUACAGUGGGGUGUCGCAGCUCAAGGAAGAACAUUUAUGAUCAUUUCUUCAUGGAAAUACAAUCAGACCGAGAUGCUAAGGCAGAAGAACUACAGCGUCUGCAGUAAAAAAUGAUUAAUAUGGUGAUUAUUACUUUAAGGAAAUGAUAAAGAAAUGAUCAUAAAUGUUCUUCCUUGAGCUGCGUCACUCCACUGUAGUCCAUAACAGACUGGCCUGAGGUCUCACUACAAACAAGCGGCUGCUGGAAGAGAGUAGGUGAGUUGUGUUUAGUCUCUUUGCUAAAGAAAUCAGGCAAAGUUAAAAAUAUGUUUGGUGACUAGUUCUAUGGCUGGGACCCUAUAUGUCCUGUUGAUGAAGUUAGGUGCUGUUCUGAGCAUUAUUUGUGGCUAUAGAGUAGCCUUUUGGUUGAGGUUUGUUUAUGGCUCCUCUGACCGCUGUGUAUUGCUAUCGUGCGGUCGUUACUCAAGUUGGUAAAAGUAGAGAAGCAUGCGGUUGGCAACAUUCAUCUCUCAAGGGGUUGUCUAACUCGAUGUUACGGUGUGUUUGACCCUAAAUUAAUUUUACGCUGGAAUCUCCCUUUAAGACGCUGAAAUGAUCUGGAGAGCUCGACUUGAUAGUCAAUUCUUAUUCUCACCUGUAAAAGGAAAAUAAGUCUGAUUUGAACAUGAAGAUAUUCGAUAAGUUCACAGUUGUAAGAAGAUUAAAUGUCAGAGUUUGGCUAAAACCACCAACCAAAGAGAAAAUACUAUAAAUGAAAGUUACCCCUUAUAUUCAAACAGCACACCCAGAGUGAAGUCAAGUGUUUUCAGCUGGAGUUAAGGGGGAACAUGAGGGUAUUUCCUCUCUCCUCCUCUGCGAUGAAGUCUGACUCCUCAGAUCCCGUGGAGGAUUCGGUCGAGUUAUUGCGGUUGACGCGUGUAAUAAAAUGAUUGACGGCUCACAGCAGCAGGCAAAGAAGAAGCAAAUCAGUGUCAGUUUUCCUGCUCUGGUUGACAUUUCAGGGUUUACAAAAGGCUUCGGCUGCACUAAGUCUCUGUUAGACGAGACUUUCUUUUGCACUCUGAGAUCAGAGAUAAAAAAGGUGAUGAAUAAUAAAAACCUUAAGAAUCUGAACAUUUUCGACUGUAUUCACUCGACUCUUUAACCUACAAGAUUUUGAUUCUGUAUGUGUCUCUCUUCUGUUUAAUUCACUCGUGUUUCUGACAUCUUUCCACUACGGUUUCACUCGAUAUUGGUCCUCGACACUCGUGGUUAUUUUUAAUCUGUGGCUCUGCGCCUGGAGCUCAAAAAUAAAAAAGGAAAAAUGUCUUACAAAUACUGCAAUUGGACGAUUGCUCGACUAUAAUCAAAGAGGAAACAGUCGGAUAAAUCACGUUGGCUUUUUUUAGUUUACAGGUAUCUGCAGCUGGUAGAAAAGCUGGUUUGCGAACACGCUGUCCCUGUUUCGACUUAUUGUAAGGUUCAGUAAAGACGGCAGCACUAAUGCAGAAGAGCUUCAGGGUAAAACCAUCAUAGAGGAGUUUUUAUAUUCACCGCCUCAUAGUUCACUCGCAGCUGCCCAGAAUAACUUGAACUUAUUUGGCUUUAAGUCACACUGAAGCUGAGCCACCAUGUGUUGUCAUUUAUUCAACCUUAAUGGUGAAAAAUGGGAUCUGUCAUGUCUGUAAAUCCUCUUCGAAUCAAACCUAAAUCUCUAUCUUCAUCAGUUUUCUCAUAUCGGAGCUUUAAUCUCCUCACUCAGACGCUCUUUCUCCCUCUCUUUAUAAUUUCAGCGAUAUCAUUCCACACCACAAAGGGUUAAACUAAAAACCUGAUCCCUCCUGCUAGUUGUAAAUCCAGUAUGAUGUGAACCUGCUGCCCCUGUCUGUGCGUCUCUUGCUUUAUACUGACACCCGGUGGUGAAUUAGCGUAACUGCAACAACAGUUUAAAAAUGCGUUUUUUGUUAUUUUGGAGGCCUCGUCUAACUGAGAAGAAAUGUACAAAAAAAAGAAGAAGAGUGAGAAGGACGAGCACAGUGGGAAAAUGUGAAUCCUCCUCUCACUCUUCUCUGUUUUGAUGUGAAUUUGAACACAGUGUCUCGGUCUAUAGGGUAAUCCUCUUUAUGCUCGACUCAUCUCUGGGCCUCAUUCUUGGCUCUCGGCUCGGUAGAUGAAGCAUGAUGGAGACACGUGACUCUGCAGACAGCCGCCUCUACACGAGUUCAAGGCCCUCAAGCUGUGGGGUCUUUCCUCUGCAGGAUUUCGACAUCCUGCCUGCUGGUUUUUAAUUUUUGUAAUAGUUUUUUUUUGUCCUGCCAUAAAACAGUUUUUACUGAAGUUAAAACUCAGUAUAAGUCGAGGAGGUCAUUGACGGUACUUCAAUGCUUAAAUCCCCUUAAUAACUGCAGUUCUGGUCCUAUCCUACUAGUUACAGACACAACUUGUGAUUAUUUUCUUCCUCCCUUGCCACCUCUCAAGUCUCCAUGUCGACUCUCAUUCUUGUUUGUUUUUUUUUAAAUUCUGUGCUAUUUUGACCCUUAGAGCACACCGUAGUAAAGCAGAUGCAGUGUCUUCCUGCUUCCUGCUGCCCCUGUGGAGGAAAAAUUGUACCGCUACACCUUUAAAUGAUGCACUGCAGCUAAUAAAACUCGUUAAAAGUAGUUUGUACUUUGUGUCAAACUUGAUCAAAGUAAAAGAUCUUAGAUCUCACCCACAAUUAAGGAAGUGAACUACAGUAAAACAGAUGUCAAGUGCUCAUCUUCAUUUAAAGUUACAUGUUACUGUAUUUCUGUGAUUUCAGGGAUCUCUGCUUACAGUGUUGUUCAUAUGGGAACGUAUCGUUCUUUAUUUGCGUAUAAACACGUCGGUGUUGAACGCGCUCAUUCUGGCGUCUGCGAGUGGCGUUCUUAACUCCGUUCACAAGCUUAAGAUUAAUCUGAUUUAGUUUCGGAGUUAAAACGGCUAAAAUAAUCGCUGUCUGGACCAUGGACUUGAGUUCAAAAUGUAGAAUUAUGAACGAUGAACUGAACUAGUUCACUUUAAAAUGUGUGAACUGAACUUUGAACUAGAUCGGGUAGAAAGUGAACUUUCCCAACACUGUCUGCUCAUGCUCUCGUUAGUUUUUAACCCAAUGAAAUCAACGACACUAACAGAAUAAGCUCUCUGAAGCUGUCUCUACAGUAAAUCAGGGUCUCAGACUACAUAGAGGUGGCAGUGAAGCAUCUAUUUGACUAAUAAAUCAACACACUGAUAAGAAUUGCAUUUUAUUUAUAAUAAUGGCUCAUAGACUGUUUUCAAAUGCAAAAAAAAUUUAAUUUGAAACAUGAUUAAAAAAGCGAUUAAUCGCGAUUAAUCACAAUUAACUACUGUGAUUCAGCGAUUAAUCAUAAUCCUAAAUUAAAAGACUUCACAGUCUUAUUCUGAACUCAUUUCAUCAACAUACGGCUCAUUUAGUCCAAAACAUACCUGACGUACUCGCUCUGCAGGCGCAGUGGCAGCUAUUCAAGCUCUGCAGGAUUAAAAUAAAUGAGAACUGGGAUGUUUUAUUUUAAUGAUAUAAAAUCAUGAUUGUUCUAAGCCGAGUUUAAACAGCUGUCCUAAUAUCUCUCUCUAUAUAUAUCUCUAUAACAGCAGCAGCUUGACUGAAAAAAUUAAUAAUUUACGGUGUGAAUGCAUUCAAAUCAGCCUCAGCUCACCCUGAUACAACUGAAAUGCAUAUAACCGUUUAUUGCAAGAUGGCACAGCGCUGAUUUCCUGUAACUGAACGCAGCUCAGCAGAAAAAUGACGCCCCUACAGCGCUGUCAUCCUCCUGUUCGGCUCCUCUGGUAUCUGAGGUCCGUCUGUAAUCAUGUUAUUCAGAGUUCACGUUAGAUUUGAUCAGAUCCGUCGGGGAUUGUCUCAUCAUCCUCUGCAGCGUGUUUCGCCCUCAGCUCGGCCUCCGCUCUCUGACAUGUGACCGUCCUCAGCGCGGGCAGAUGGGCUCUAAUCUGCAGAUGAAACUGGAUGAUAAUGAUUGGACGGCUAAACGAGUAAUUAAGGCAGUGUUUACGGCGUCCGACGGACUGAGAGGCAGAUUUGACUGAAAAUGUGAAAACAAUAAACCAGCGCUCUGUUUCCCUCAGCAUGAGUUCACCUCGCCUCCACUUUGGUCGUUAUUUCUCUGCUUUUUUUUUUUUUUUAAUGAUGUAUAAACUUGGAAAAAAGACAUAAACAAGAUCCUCUAUUUAAGUGUCUGAGCGUGACCUCUGACCUUUCACUCCUGACUUUUCAAUAACAGCAGAUUUGCAGUGGUGUUGUAAAUCUCUGCAUCCACAUCUGGCUGUGUCACGACAUAAACAUGAACUCAAAGUCGAUUUAAGCAGAAUCUGUAAACAUUUGAGUUUAACAACUUCAUCAGGCCCUCCUUGGCCUCUGAUUGGCUAGAAGUGCUAGGAUCCGUUUGGCUAUUCCUAACGGCUGUAAAACGUCAUUGUCUGUCGGUUUAGGGUUAGGAGAUUCAGAAGUGCGAUAAUGUUCUGUAAUGUUCUGUUCGAUGUACAGAGCCAACAGCCCACGUUUAGCUUGAGCGCUAGAUGAAGUUUCCAGCUUUUCUAGCCAAUCAGAAGCGAAGGAGGCGGGACCUUCUCCAACUAUCCUACAAAAAAAAAAAAUCACUUCUGGGGCGAAGAUCUGCAGCAGCAAAGUGACUCAUCAUCUCUUUCCUUCUCUUCUCAGGUGGUCAGUCGGUGCCUCAGGACCCGUCACCCUCUUCCACCUGCCCCCCAGGACCCUCUGGACCACCAGCUGGAGCCAACGGCAACAGUGACAUCAUGGUGAACUUCGACCCCGACCCGGCGGACCUGGCGCUGUCCAGCGUUCCCGGCCAGGAGGCGUUCGACCCGCGACGGCACCGUUUCUCUGACGAGGAGCUGAAACCUCAGCCGAUGAUCAAGAAAGCUCGCAAGAUGCUGGUGCCCAACGAGCAGAAGGUACUACAUCUCCCACGAAUCUUUGCUGUCCUACACACCGAUUCCUGCCAACCCUUACUGCUGCUGUCAUGAGUGUUUUAGCCUGAAAACACUGUCUUCAAAUCAAAGAUAGCCCAGAAGAAUUAAGAGUUUGAUGGACGACAAAACAGAUUUGCGGCCGUUUGGUUUUCUAGUUGUAGAUUCAGGAAAAACUAUUUCGCAGUUGAAGUUUCUUGGUUAUCUUCAGGUCUGCACAUUAAACUUGAGGACCAUCAUCCCUACUGAGCAUUUUUUGGUCUAAUAGACGUCUAGAUGUAGCCUAGACGACUGGUCUAAAAUCAGGCUACCACGGGUCUAAAAAUGAAGGUUUUUUUAGACGUCUAAAUUUAGACCAAGUUUAGACCAAGUCUUAAUCUGGGCUUUAUCUAUACUACACUGUAUAUUGCUCAACGGUUAUCAUAAUUAUUCUGGUUAAGAACUUGAAGAUCAAUUAUGUAACUCACAGAUGCUUAUUGGAAUAAAUAGUUAUCGAAUAAUGGGUUAAAGUGCGACAGAAUCUAGACGGUUGAAAUUGAAAAAGAAAAAACUAGAUGUCUAAUAGCCGUCUUUUGCUCAGUGGGUUGUUUGGUCUAAAAAUAACCAAUGAAAUCUUAAUAUCAGGUUAUUUUUGUGUAUUUAAAAGCUAAAACUCUGCCUAAGAAACUCUGGAAAACUCAGAAUCAAGUAUUUCGUAAAAAGUCCAACCUGAUAUUUUUGCAUUUACAAGAUAAAACCUCAAACUUUUAGAAAAGUUUGAUUAUUGCAGGUUAAAAAGAAAUAAAAAUAGAAGUUUUAUGGCUUUAGUCUGAAAGAGAAAUUGUUCACGGUGCUGCGACCAAUGGAAAAAAAUAACCAGCCAGAGCUACAGUAGGACAAAAGUCCCACAAAAAUGAAGAGAAAAUCAUUAAAGUAGUAUUUGAGAUGUGUAAUUGAGUGACAUUCAAGAGUGCUGAAUGGUCCUCGACAGUAAAAAAACAGAGACUCAGAGGUUGGUGGGGUCGGGUUUUUUCUUUUCGCCCAAAGCUCAGACUGUUCAGUUCAAACCCUGAACUCAGUGGAAACAAAGGCCACCGCUCUCUGACACUUCCUCCACUGAUGUGGAAAAAUCUGGAGGAGCGUGACGCCCACUCGUAUUGAUGCCUCCUGACGAGAGUCCGAAAAUAUUUUCUACCCGGCUCGUUGCACAGGCUGCGAAACUCUGAUCAAUGGUUCGUGUUUUCAUAGUUCAGCGCCGAGCAGCUGCAGCUCCUGAGGCGCCUGUGAUUUAUGGAGAGAUGAAGGCGCUCACCUUGCUGCGUUCAGGUUUUAUAAUUCAUUUCUGAGCCGUUUGAGGGGAAAAUUAUCUCCGACCAAAGUUGAGGAUGAGGCUGGGAAUGCUCCGCAGCUCAUCAAAAGUGAGAUUUUAGACUCAGCUCUGGUUAGUAUCAUCUCUCCACUGAAGUGCAGGAAAAUCCGACUUUCAUCAAAGAUAUUCUAAAAUCAUAACGUUAGGGAGAGUUAGAUUUUUCCACACAGAGUUAAAAAUAAUCUUAAAGUAAUCCAGGAGCCCUUUAAAGAUGUUUCAGAAAGGUUAACGAUUUCGCUAAAUGUCACCAGAUCCUGUGAAAGGCUCCGAGGAAGCGCGGCGGACUGUUUGGGCCUGCAGCGACUCAGCUGGUAUAAAUCUUUCAGAUUAAGACCUCAACAUGGUUUUUACUUUCAAUUUAGAUCCCUAUCUGUCAGAGUCCAAAAGUUUAACACAACACUCUGUGGUUUCCAGUCUAACCCUCAUGAGCCUCUCAUUGGCCAACAUAUUUAUUUCAAGCCCUGAAGAAAAACCAAGUCGCAGACUUUGUCAGAGCUGACAUGCAUGUCUGCAGUGAGUGCAGCGUUACAGGGUAGGAUGGUACACCUGAACUUUGCCUUCUACUCUUGUUUUCUUUCUUGUUAUUUCCUUCCUCCGCUCGAUUUGAUCCUAUUUAUGCUUUUUACUGUUUUGUAAAUAAUGUGUUUGCUUCUUGUUCAACUGCUUUGGUGGCUGUCUGUAAACACGCUUCUGUCUCUUUUUCUGUGUCUCUGUAUUAAAUUAAUAGAAUGUAGAGAAGUGCGGCACAAUUAGAGUUAAACAGAGGCAGAGUGCUUUCAUUUCCCUAGAGGAACACCUUUUAGUGCAUUAGUACUCUAGUGUUGUGGCCGCCCUCUGCAGGCAGUAAGGGGAAAUACAGCUACAAAUAAGGAAUACAAAUAAAGUAGAGUUUCUGUAUAUGAGCGCAGUGGGAACUAAACUUUUUCUAGUAGCUGAUUUUUUGGCAACACUUUACAAUAACCAUAACUUAUAAAUGGUAAAUAGACCAUUUAUAAAUGUUGAGCAGAUAGUUUGUUAAUGUUUAAUCAUCAUUUAUAAAUAGCAUAUACACCAUUAAUAAAUUGUAAAUUAACAUAAACCUAACUUUAACUUUACAAUAACCAUCUAAGUAAUGUUAAUAAAUGGUUUAUAAACCAAAUAUUAACCAUUUAAAAAGUGCUACAGACACACAUUUUAAUCUAGAUGUUCUACAACCAACAUUUAAACAGACUGUACCACAGAAGAUAACUCACUGGUCACUUUACCUGUUUACCUCUGUCACCUCGUUUUCUUGGUACAUAGGAGUCAAAUUUUUUUUUUUUUAAUUAUUUAAAUUAUUUUAAUUUUAUUUUAAUUUUUACGGUUAUUUGUAGAUAGGAUAUAUAUAGGAGUGGAUAUUUAUCUUAUUUUUUUAUCUCUUUCUAUAUAUUAUUUGAUUUUCUUAUUAUUAUUCUGUUUUUUUUUGGCACAAUCGCAGACGUCACUUUCAUUUCACUGCCGCUGUACCUGAACAUUUAGGCAUGUGACAAAUAAAACUUGAAACUUAAACCCUAUAUAAACCUUUAAUAAAUAGUCCAUUCAUAAUUAAUGAAAAUUAUUAAUCAUAAUUUCAUUGCUUGUUAAUGAUAAAGUAACUAUGAAUUUACAUUAAUAAACUAUCUAUGUGCCAUUUAAAAUUUGUCUAUACGCUGUUUUUAAAUGAUGAUUAAAAAUGAAUAAACAUUUUAUUUAUCAUCUCUAAAUUAUGGUUAUUGUAAAGUGUUACCGAUUUGUUUUUCACUCACUGAUGAAUUUAGUAUCAAACUGUUUGGAUUUGGUUGACCAAUCAAAAUAUAGGAACUGUUCAGUGUUACUGAAACUCUCCUUUUUUAUUGCUACAUCGUCUUGUUGUCAGGUGAUUUUGUCUCUGUGUGCACUCCUGCUUUUGUGUUUUGUAGUCGCGAAUAUUCAGCUGUUGCCACUCUUCUUUCUUCCCUUCUUCCUUUCCUGUCAUCCUCGUUUUCUCAUCACAUAACUGACCCUUCUCAUCCCACGCUCUCCUCUCUUUUGUUUUUGUCUCUCUCCUCCCCCUCGUCCUUCUUCCCCACACACCCCAACAUACCAAACUGCCGCCGACGAUGACAGGACGAGAAGUACUGGAGCCGGCGCGUCAAGAACAACGAGGCGGCGAAGCGCUCGAGGGACGCCCGGCGGCUGAAGGAGAACCAGAUCUCCGUGCGCGCUGCUUUCCUGGAGAGGGAGAACGCCGCGCUUCGCCAGGAGGUUGCCGACAUGAGGAAAGAGCUGGGUCGCUGCAGGAACAUCAUCAACAAGUACGAGACUCGACAUGGAGACUUGUGAGGCGGCGAGGGCGGAUGAAGACGAAGAUGAAGGAGGAAGGGUUUGGGAGGGGAGGAGAAAUAAGAAAAGGGUACAAGGCAACCCAACAACAGCAGCACUUUAGUUGAAGUGGCGAAGAGGGAGGCCGUAGGCGUAGAUCUGCAGUAAGCACUGUGCGACACCGGGCGCAAACACGAAAAGCGUGUUUUUAAGAGCGAGCUGUGCUUCAGGAUUGCACGACAGGAAAGCACAGCGACGCCACCUUUUUCCAGUUUGACUCUCUCAGUAUCUUUGUACAUGCUGCUUUGUUGAACCCACACAACGUACUGUAUCACCUUGUGUCACCUCGGCAGCUUACGUCACCCUCGGUGCUGUGCUUACGGCCGGUGUCGCACGGCGUUUUUUGCAGGUAGUGCGUUCCGGCCGCUGCUCCAGGCCAAUUCAAACAGGGUGUUGAAUUCACAUUAUGCCAGUGAAAUCUCACUUUUCAAGCUCAAGGCACGGAUACAAGCCAGGAGGGGUCGGAUGUGUAAUUUUUUUCUAUAUAUAGGACAAAUAAAACAUGUAUAUUUUUGAACUGGGCAGGAAGGCAAGACUAGUCCAGCAAACAGGUGGAGGUGCAGGAGGAGGUGCAGGAGGAGGUGCAGGGUUUUCGUCCAUAACGCAAAGAGAUUUUGACAUAGGAUUAUUGUAUAUUUUUCUAUUAGCAGAUAGUCAGGAGGAGGAUUUUGGAGAUAAUCUUUUGUAUAUUUUAUAUAUGGGGCGGGGAGGGGCUGUUAGCUGGACAGUCACGGGGCCACAUUUACGCUUUUCCUCCCAGCUGUCUAUUGCUAAACAACAAAUUAUCUAUUUUCGAUUUCACAGAGCUGGUUAGUCGGAAGCGAAGUGUUUCAGAGAAUGUAUCAAGGUUGAAUCAGGUAUUUCACAUGGUGCGAGACAGAAGAGGUAUCUUAGUAACGAUUGUUUUUGGCGUUGGGGCGCGUUAGCGGGACGACGGUGAAACAAAAAUUGUAUAGUUUUUUGAGAAAUUUUGUCUUUCUUUGUUUUUUUUCUUUGUGGGCUUGUUCAAGCACUUGAUUUGUUAUCUUCUCUUUGAUUCCGUGUCUGGUUUUGAAAUAAUCGCAGGGCUUUUAUUUUGAAGGUGAAGGAGGAAAAUAGAGAAGAAAAGAGGGAGUAACUAGCCAUCAGAACAGCUGCAUGUGAGCAGAUGUUUGAAAAUCAUACAAGGUGGAAGAUUUCGCUGGCAGGUUUGCAUUUACUUUGUGUCUUGCUCGCACACGCACACUCAGACACACAAUUUGUUACCGACAACGCGUCGCGGUUGCAGUCUUUCUCUCUCUAUUUACUCCUCUAUUUGUCCAGGAAGAGCAAAAAUGAAAUACUAACUGGUUUAGGGUUGAUUUGCCCGGAUUGAACAGUGACUGAAACCUUCAGCAUGCAGACACACAAGCAACACACUGACACACACACACACACACACACACACGCCGCACCCAGGUUUGAACCCUUAUUGUUGUUGUUGAUGUUGUAAUGGACUUAUAUGGUGCUGAUCUGUUUGAUCCUUCACCUUACACACACACACACAAACUCACAAACAUGCAAUUACACACACACGCAAACAUACACUUUGAAACACUUCCGACAAACACAGUACUGAACUGCCUAUACCCUUCUUUGUCUUUUAAUCUCUCUUUUAUUUUUUUCUUUCUUUUGUCGCAUAUUGUAUCGAUAAAUCGUAUAUAGAUUUACACACAAACACGUGUCUAUACCUCUCCUUCAAACUUAACCCAAUGAAAAAUGAGAAAUGCACCCUACUGCUACUGUACCAUAAAACUGUACUAUUGAAUAUUGAACUAUUCUCUCACUAGAUAUAUAUGUAUAUGAUAUAUGCUUGAAUUAUGUGAUUAUAGUUGUAAUAUACAUAAUUGAAUAUAUUACAGAAAAAAACAUUUGAAUCAUUUUGUCAGUUUUUUCUCAGGUGUUUUUGUCUGAGGUAUUAAAUACACAUUUUAAAAAUACACAAAAAAGUCUUUUAUUUUAUGACAAAAUUCGUGGUUGAUGUUUGAUUCGGGGGGGGAGAAUUGUUUAAUUUUGCUUUUAACAAAACACUUUAGACAGAUUGGGUUAUAUAUUGACUUUGUUUCGCCCCGAUUUACGACUAACGAAAAAGCAGGAAAACUUCUCCUCAGUUCUUGACUGUUCACUAAACCCCGCCCCCCUUGGUUACUGUUGCUAUGCCCUCAAGGAUUUGCAUUCUAGAACUGUUUGAAGCUUGUUGCCAGGACAACAGUCACAGAUUUACUUCUUGGAAUACAGCAGUUUUGUUAACACGACAGAUUUACACAGUGGCUAUGCCGUGUUCGAGUUGGAGCUGAAAAUGACGUCACACCUGAGUUAACAGCGUUUCAGUUACCAAGUCGGAAAAGAACAAAAUCGUAGGCAGAAACAAGAUGGCUACAUCUACGAAAGUUAUUUAGUGAUUGCCUUCUCCAGAUAUAACAAGGACAAGGCAAUUGGUAGCCAUGUAGUCAUCUCGUUUCCGCCUCUGAUUUUGCUUUUUUCCGAAUUGGUAACUGAAACACUGGUAACUUGGGUGUGACGUCAUUUUCAGCUCCGACAUCUGAAUUCUUAACUUGAACGCAGCAUAACUAAAGCCUAGAAAUGUCGUUUUACUGGUCACAGUGAUUGCACUGUUGCUUCUCGAUCACCAACCAAUCACAGUCAAAAAGGGGCGGGACUUCUGAGAUCUACAUCCUAUCAAAAAAUGUUGGAGAUCUUUACGGAGGGCAAACUUAUUUUUGUGUGUUCGAAUUGAAAGUUCAGUACGGCACCAUUUCGACCAAUUGCUGCAACAUUUUCUCUUUAAAAUUACAUCAUUAAUGACUUCUCGCAGGUAUUUUAGCUUUUGCAAGCUAGCUAACAACCGUGUUGUAAUUUACAGAAGAAAAUCAUCACUAAAGUUUAUGUAUUUACUGUACAUGUACUUAAAGCAACUUCACAAUAUUUUAAUAUAGCAUAAAAUGACCUACAAAAGCGAACAAGCCUACUAGAAAAAGGAAGCCAAUUUCUAUAUUGUAAAUAUACCAGUAACCAUGGUGAUGGGUGGGUGUCGGAUGAGAUGAUUGACAGUGAUGAAAAGCAGUUUUUUUGUUUUUGACAGAUUUGACAGUGUAAUGAAGGAGGGGUUUAGUGAACAGUUCAUGUCGAGCUGCUGUUUCUUGAUUAAGAGAAGGCAGCUAAACUUUAUUUUGAAAAGAACCUGAGGAUCUAAACAACAUGAUCGAGUCCAGAGUUGCUUGUAUUACACUGUUAUUGUCGGCACUCUUGGUCAACAGCCUGUGAUUUGAUUUUUUCAUAAAUCCUCCUCCAACUCCCGAGAACAACGCACACUUAAUUUCCCAUGAGCCUGUUUUUCUGUUGAUACCAUUUACAGAGACUUACAGCAAGCUAACCCCAGGUGUAUUAUGGGAGCUGUAGUUCUUUAUUGAGAUAUAUAAAUAUAUCCUUUUUCCUUGUCUUUCCUUUUUUUGGGAAUAUGUUGAAAACCUACACGGACACAAACUUUUGAAUCCAAAUCCCGGGAAGAGAAGUCUCAGAGCUGCUUAAGUUUCCGUCUUCGGAUGGGAGAAGAAAGCCAUGUGUAUUUUUUCUUUUUUGAUAUCUGGGAUUUUUUGGAUUUCCUCACAGACGUUUCAGAAACUUUUUGACAGUGCUAUUUUUCUAUGUAACUGUGUUGUUGAGCGUGUAUAACUUUUUUCCUGGAGGGCCAUCGAGACGCACUCUUCACAUGGUGGCAGUGACAGUUUUUUCGCUGUACCAUAAAACAGCAUUGCGGGUAAUACUGACAAUAGUGAUGAUGAAAACAAUAAUGUACACAGCCUUGUUAUUUCCUUCAAUUUUGUGGAUUCUCAGCUAACUUCUCCAUGUUGUGACUGACUGUUAUGAACUACAAGUCCUAUGAGCGCAACACUACCCCGACUCCUCACCAGUAUUGUGUGCUGUCCACAGGGAUGAUGGCAUAUGUGGUUUGGCUUUUUCCCUCCAAACACCAAUAAAGGCUUAUCCUUACUCACAGACAGCUUUUCUGGUGUCUUGCUGUGUCAUCUGAGAGCGGGGUGGGUUGUAAAAUACCCUGCAAAUAAAGAUUAUGUGUGUAGUAACUUUAACCUGCUGUUCCUUUAAUGGCCACUUGGGGCUGUCUUUUCAUAAAUGCUGCAAAGUGCGGCACUUAUGCGGUUGAGAAUGGGACUGGAAUGCAGUGGUUCUCAACUGGUCUCACUCCUGGACCCACAUUUUCCCAUGGUCCUUAAGUUGCGAUUCACUUUUAUAGAAUUCAAACCAAGCAAAUUUAUUUUUUAUAUAAAAAA